AUGAAGCGACCCAAAAAGCUGACCGUCACGAAAAUAGGCUGGAACAACCUACCCUGGGACAUCCAAGUGUUGAUAUUCGGGGAGCUCACCGAACUCCCACCAGUACCUGAGUACUGGACGACAUGUGACUGGUAUUAUGCGUGGAGACGGAGAGUCCGGCGGAAGCUGGACUGUUGGCCUCUACUACUGGUGUCGCGUGAGUCAUUGUCUGUUGCCUGUGUAGCUGCUAAGCUAACAUAUCUAGGGUCAUGGAACCAGGGUCUCCGACAGGCCAUACUGGAGAAGAAUCUGGCGGAGCGGAUCGUCUACUGGAUGGGUGAAUCCCUCGCAUUGGAAGCGAUUCAACGCGUGAUCAAGAAGGGCGGAAUAGUCCGACAGGAGUGCCGACAGACGAAGUCGCUACAGAAUGUUCCCUUCAAUCAAGACGUUCAACCGAUCGCCAGCACCUGCAUCGUCGACACCUUAUUGCUGGUAGCAACGAUGCGAGCUCACGUCGUAUGCAUGAGACUUCUAUUCGCCUACGGCGGCAAUCCCUGUAUUACACCGUCCGGAAGGGCCGAAAAUCUCCUCAGCGUCGCCAUAUUCGCUCGAAGCAUCGACGCCGUCAAACUGCUCAUCGACGCUGGAGCGGACAUUGAUCGCGCGCCGCUUCAGAGCGAGUACCUCGAACAACGCACCAACACGCCGCUGGCCAUCGCCAUCCUCGAAGAACAUAUCCCGUCGGUAGAGUUAUUGCUUCAACGCGGUGCCAAUCCGAAUGUCGCGAUCUAUGACGGCAAUUUUGACGAGAUUGUGGAUGAUCCAUGGGAAUUCGCGACACGGCAUGAAGAUCGCGGGAGGCCGCGACUGCUGGAGGUUUUCCUGCGCCAUGGGUUGUUCCCUGAUCGCUCACAGUAUGAGCAAGGUCGUCAUCCUGUUUUGCUUGCCUUGAGGGCGUUCAAUGUUGAGUGUGCUGCGAUUCUUGUGCGUACGGGCGCGGUUCCUGAGGAUUACGAGGAGUAUAUCCAGUCGGACACUGAUAGUCGGUUUCUGUGGGCGGCUGAAGAGGUUAGGAAGAUGUUGAAUGAAUGGGAGCGUCAGGAAGCUCAAGCAUCAAGAGCAAAGGGGAAAUUCGGAGCCGUUGGUGAUUGGAUGCGGCGUAUUCGCUUGAAGGCUGCACAGGAAUGA